CUCUCUGUCUCUCUGCCAUAGAAGCUACGACUUGAUGGGGCGAUCGGCCGGCCGGAUGCAAUUCCCGAAAGGCGCCGUUCUGGCGAUCCGCUCUGCCAUAACGAUAACCCCUAGACUGGCCCACCACCACGGCGGAAGGCGGCGUGGCUCCGCCGCUCCGAUCCUGUGGUGGAAGCUCCACGACGCGGUCCGAUUGGUGAAGACGCCAGAGCAAGCCGGCGCUCGUGGAAAGAGUCAUCAGGAGAAGGAGUGUGAAGUGGGAAAACCGGAGGGCGCCUUCUCAGCGACGAAGCUCGCGGCGGCGUUGUGGCAUUUGCAGCAGGUGGCGGGAGUUAAAGGCAGCGGACGACGAGGGAGGGGCGGUCGGCUUGGGUUCAAGCUUGAAUCUUGGGGCAAGUUUCACAAUUUUGCAUUGGAGAGGGCAACAAAAUGGGAUAUUGGGUGCUUAAUACCUGUGCGUGAGACUUGUCAUAAUCAUGGUCACCAGAAACUUGUCAAUACUCGGCUGAACACUGCUUCUGUCACUUCUUCUCUGUGGGAAGAGCUCGAGCAGGCUCAUCUCUACCUUGAUGAGCUUCAAAAUGAGAGACAGUCAGCGAGGCAAAAGCUGUGUUGCUUCAUGAGGAAGCCUUGGGAGGAAAAGGCUUCAUGGCAGAUCAGUAAGCAUGAGAAAGUUCGGGACAUAAUAGCAGCCAUCAAGGAUGACCUCAACAGAGAGAGGAGAAGCCGGAAGAGGAUGGAGAUUAUGAGCUCCAAGCUGGUGAGUGAGCUUACCGAGGCCAAGUUAUCGGCAAAGCAGUACUUGCAGAACUAUGAGAAGGAGAGGAAGGAACGUGAGCUUAUCCAGGAGGUGUGCAACAAGCUUGCAAAAGAGAUCGGAGACAACAAAGCUGAAGUAGAAUCUUUGAAGAGGGAAUCAACAAAACUCCGAGAGGAAUUGGAUGAAGAGAGAAACACGUUGCAGAUGGCAGACGUUUGGCGUGAAGAGAGGGUACAAAUGAAGCUGGUAGAUACAAAACUUAUGCUCGAGGAGAGACACUCGGAGUUGAUUAAGCUUCAAGCUGAUUUAGAUGCUUUUCUCAGAGGACAUGGCAGUACACGUGCAAAUACAUCAGUGCAGAAAGCUGAUGUGCCCAGGGAAGCUGGGUUUGGGUAAAAGCUUCGGUAUGAGAUUACAGACUUUCUUGGCAGCGGUGUCGGCACCACAUGGAAAACACCAUCACAAUCAUGAUGAUGUCCCAAUCAAAACCAACUCCCCUUCUUCUCCACGUGAAUCAAAGCAAAUAAUUUGAUUAGAGAGUUGAAAUAAGAUUCCAAAGCAUAGUAAGAAGCCUAUUAGAGGAGACAAGCCUAAGUAAUGCGUGUAAGGAGCUGAGCUAUGUGUCUGGAUGCAGGUGCUUCAGUUCUUUGAACAGAUGGAAGAUUGGAUUAAUCUUGAGCUACUUUUGUCUCAGAUCUAUGCCUCGUUGCAGUGGAACUACAGCCAUAAUUAUCUAUGGUCAUCUUAGACUACAGUAGCAUACAAGAUUCAUAUAAUUCAUACAAUUUUGACCAGGAAAGGUAACGCGAAGAAGAAGAUACCAUGACUUGAACUCGUUUAUAUUAUAGGGGUGCGAUUAUUAUCACAUGAGGUCUCUCACGAGCCUUUGAUCGGUGCGAGUCAUGUCAACGUUGGCCCACCUCGAACGAUCGAUUUGUCGCCACUGAUCAUGGAGAUGCCACAUGUCUUAUGAUUUGUGUCCAUGAUUCGUAGUGAGCCCAUCGAUAACGAUCGUAAUUUCAUUUUUUCUUGGGGUAUACUCUAACGAUGUUCUCAGAUAAAUCUUGGUCCGACCAAUAGCAAUUCCUGCCCCAGAACGUACCCACGUGCGCAUGGGCCCACCACUUUCGGACAAGAGCUUAGACUGCUACGUCUAAUGAGCUCCACCGAGAAUGGACGAAAUGAAACCAAGCCCCAAAUGACGCGCUUCGGCCUAUAAAUAAUAGCGGCGCCGGCAGUUCCUUCGCGACCGCGUGGUUCUUACGACGGACGAUCCUCCCUCCCUCACUGCGCGUACCCUUGGGCGGCGGCGGCGACUAUGGCCAAGGGGCGCAGGCGCGGGGCGGAGCGGCUCCUCGGCCCCACCGCCCGUUGCGAUGGCGGAGGCGCCGCCGAUCUUCCCGACCUCUCCGAGGACGACGUCUGGCCCGCCGUCCUCACCGCCGCCGACGAUCACCCGGCCUUCUCCGCCGCCGUGGACGACGGCGACCACCACGAUAUGGGCCGGCCCGGGACGGGCCUCACCGGCGCCCGCCGCUGGGCCGAUCGGCACGUCGGCGGGCUCUCCCUGGCAUUGGAGGACGCGUACCCAGGGGCGCCGGCCCCCCAUCCGCCAUACGAGCGGCACAGCGUGGUGGCGGCGGCGGCUUCGGCUCCCGUGGACGUGCCAGUGUGGCCGUGGGCGCUCCGGACCCGCUCUGGAGGGCCGUCACCGGAGCGGGAGGAGGAAGACGCGGAUGGGGAGUGGCUGCCGCCGCACGAGUACUUGGCCAGGGCGCACGGGAGGUGCCUGGCGACGUCGGUGCUGGAAGGCGCGGGGAGGACCCUCAAAGGCCGCGACAUGAGCCGGGUUCGCGACGCAGUUUGGAGCCAGACCGGCUUCUCCGGUUGAACCUGUAAUCCGUCCACCCGAGCCGUCCCGACUUUUGAAGCACUCCUUUCCUCUCUCUUUACAACACCCCCCCUUCUUUUUUCCUUUUCCCAAAAACAAGCAAACAUAAAAAAAGUGAGAUUAUUGA